AUGCCAGGGAUGCCAGACCAAGGUAAUGGUUUGAAUCACGACUCUGCUGCUCCUUCUUCUGACCUAAACGAGAUGCUUUUCCAGGUUGGUGCUGGCACCAGCAACAAUGGUACCGUUGACAUGGAUACCAUGCAACCGUACAGUCUCAUGGCGGAGAACCCUCUCAAGAGAAACUCAGAUAUUGAUGAGGAAUCCGAGGCGCACAGUGAAAGCAGCAAGAGAUCUAGGCUAGAUAAUUCUCACUUUGAUGAUACCCAGAACAUGAGUGCAACCUCUAAUAGCUUAUUGAGUGAUCACGAAAUGGGCAGCACUCAGUCCAUGUCUGUUGCAGGUAACUUUGGAAAACUGUCUGUUGCAGGUAACUUUGGCAACAUGACAACAUCAGAGGCAGAAAGAUGCUUGGACGAUGAACUCAACCGCCAGCAGCAACAGUCUGCAACGUUGUUCAACGACAUGACCAUGAUGACCCAACAAAUGGGCAUGUUUAAUGGCAAUGGAACUGGGGCCCUUGGGAACAUGGCCAUGCAAGGAAACGGCCCUGCCCGGAGCCAACAACAGAUGUGGCAGAGCAACCCCAACUCCUUUAAUUCCAACCAACCCGCCUUUGGCCAGAUGCAAGGCGUGCAGAAUCUCCAAGGCAUGCCGCAGUUUUCCUCGAUGGGCAACCAGCAGCUAUUUUCUGGCAUGUUGGACUACACACUGUUGAACAACCGCCUUUCCCAGCAGACCGGUUUCAACGGUUUAGGUGCCGCCCCAGCUUCCUCCUCCUCCAUGAUGGCGCUGAACCAGUCCUUCAACCAAAUGCCAAUGCAGGCUGCGUCCAUGGGGCAACAGCAGUGGCAGUCUGGCUUUUCCGGAAAUACUGCCGCACAGGCAACCAAUCAAGCGGCGAAUAACACGCAACCCUUUAGCACCGCCGGGAUGCUUCAGUUGGCUCGCAUGAGUGGCAGCUCUCAGCCACAAGCUGCUCUUCCGCAGGGCAUGGUUCCUCAUCAGCAACAGCAGCAGUCAAGAGGAAUGAUGAACGAUAUGUUCUGCGCUCCGACCCAACGGCAGCAACAGCAGCAACUUCCUCCUCUCCAACGUCAGAUGCCCAUGAUGGCAACGGAAGGAACCAACUCUAUGCUUCCACCCUUUGAGGAGGCGCAGACUCCUCAUUUCAGUCAAAGACCUUACUUCCCAUUUUCUGUUGAAGAAGAUUCCAACUGGCUCUCAGAAUUCCAGUGUUUCAUCCGGUCCGAGAUCCUUGAGCUCUUUCGUGUCAGCAAACAAGGCAUCAAGGUUAGGAAUGCUGUCAAGACACAUACCGUCGGCCAGGUCGGGAUUCGCUGCCGUUUCUGUGCACAUCUUCAGCAUGGAACUAGAGCCAAUCGAGCAUCCUGCUUCCCAUCCAAGAUCGACAAGAUCUAUCAGUCCUUCACCAUGAUGUUGAGGGAACAUUUUCCACACUGUCCCGAGAUGCCAGAAAACAUCAAGAGCAAAUUCGUCCGUUUGCAGAACAUGAACGCCCAAGGUGCCUCCAACGCCAAGGGCUAUUGGGCGCACGCUGCCAAGAAGAAAGGAUUGGUAGACGUCACCGAGGACGGACGAAAAGGAGGAAUCCACAUCUUCGAGCGAUCCUUUGCUGAGGCGGCCCUGAUUCCACCAUUUGGCACCGAAGACUUCGCUGAACCUCAGCCUCCUGUGACUCUGAUAAACAGGAGUGACCGAGGUCUCGUCUCGGGUUUCUUGUUUGCUCUCAUGGAACAGGUUUAUCGUGUUCAUCUGGCUCCAUCGGAGAAGAAGGGCAACCGCAAGAGCCUUCCUGAUGGCAUGCCGGGCUUUGGAUGCAAGUACUGCUUUGAGGCUGGAAGAAUGGGUCUCUGCCGCCAGUUCCCGGCGCGGCGACGGACCAUCCAUAACAAGAUCCCGGACCUGUUUGACCACAUGAAGCGAUGUCCUCUUUGCCCGCAAGAGGUGAAGGACAACUUGAUUGCCCUCCACCGGGAGGAAAAUGCGGGCGGCUCCAAGAACAAGGGAGACCCAGAAACUGCCACUCAUGGCAACGAGCGCGAGUUCUAUGAACGCAUAUGGAACCGUCUCGGCCACCAAGACAACUCUGAAUGA